UCCGAUGAUUAAACUCUCCAGAAUCCCAACAUCCACACCGAAUCUCUCAUCCCCCGUCCAAAAGAAAACAUUAAGAAAAUACCAUUAGUUUAUAGUUUAUAGAAGCAGAAGAUGGCCUUUCCUGACGUCUCUACUCUUUUGGUAACUGGCCACCUCAUUAAUAUUUGGUAGGUCUAGUCCUCUGGAGGUGCAACAAAACCUUCAGCUACACCCACCAAAGAGUAAAGACCAAGCGGCUCCAUGGAAGAAAAGGAGAAGAAGAAGCAACAGAAGCAGACCAAGAACAAAUCCAAAUCCAAAUCCAAAUCCACCACAGAUCCUCACUUCAAACCGAGCUCCGACGUGAAAGGCAUCCGCUUCGGUGGUCAAUUCAUCGUCAAAUCCUUCACCGUCCGCCGCGCUGCCCCGUUCGAGCUGCUAAGCCUUCUCGACGUUUCCAGUUCCCACCAGAGCCGGAGCCAUGGCCUCCCUUUCCCUUCCACCAUCACCUACUUGCCUACCAACUUCACCAUCUUAGCACACCACGCGUGGCACACCCUCACGCUCGGACUCGGCACCAAGAAGUCCAAGGUCCUGCUCUUCGUCUUCGAGACCGAGAACAUGAAGCUGGCCAUGGACCGUCUCUGGCCACCAAUGAUUCCGCUAGGGGAGGUGAACCGGAAGCUCAUACGGGGGCUCACAGGGUGCGAGAUGGCGAGGUUCAAGUUCAGGAAAGGAUGUCUCACCUUCUAUCUCUACGCUGUGCGGCGGCUGGGUAUGGCUGGUUUCCCUCGAGCUGAGGAUCUGAGAACUAUUCUGGAGUCUGUGGUGGAGCUCAAGGAUUUCUUGGAUCACACGGCUAUGCUUGCAUUGCCAAGCCAGAGGAGCAUUUCUUUCUCGCCACCCGUCGCCAUGGCGCACUGAGAUCUUCUCCAUUUUGUUUGAAUCCUAGCAUUUCGAGAUUGUUAUGCUCUUCACUCUUCUCUUGUUUCUUCUACAUUAAUUUCUUCGUUCUUUUUCUCACUAGGUGUGAGAUGGUACGUCUUCAUUACAGAGUGAAUUGGAUUUUGUUGAAUGAUGCUUAGAGAACAACUGUACCUCCUUGAUUAUAAAAUUUCGAACCCUGUUAUACAA